AUGUUUUCUUUGAAAAUAUAUCAUGGUGGUGAAUUCUCAAAGUUUCCUGGAAGACAAUAUGUGAACGGAAGACAUUCGUACAUUGAUUUCUUAGAUGCAGACGAGUUCUCAGUUCAUGAGUUAGACUCCAUGAUGUUACAGUUAGGGUAUGAUGGUAAUAGGAAAAUGUAUUACCAUUUUAAGAAGCCUGAUAGUGAUCUUGAUGUUGGGUUAAUGGCUUUAGGUAGUGACGGUGAUGUAUGCAAACUAAUAAGCUAUGUCCCAAAACAUAGAUUGCUAGAGGUAUACAUUGAACUAGAUAAGACAACGGUUUGCACUUACUUCCAGUCACCAGGAGGUUCUAAUGUUAUUAUUCAGGAAUUGAAGAUGAUGGUACCCCUGAUUAUACCAGAGUACGAUCACGAGGUUCUAGUUCUACAAAGUCGUCCUGUGGAAAAAGGCUUGAAUUAG